AUGGCGACAAAGAGAGGGAAGACACCUCAGCAUAACCUUCAGGUUUUCAUCCACCCUUUCUCCACCCCGCCCACUGUCGCCUUUAUAAGGGCCCUGGGUCUGAACCUUGGUCCUCUCAUGCUAGCACGACCAGCGCUGGCCGUGAUGGAUGGAUUAUUGCGAAUUUUAAGUGUGGUGUUUGUUCUGAGCACCUGUACAACACAAGGGCAUGGCCUCCAGGACACACUUGCAGAUGGAGGAGCAGAGCUGACCUCCUGUGACUUUAACCAGGACAGCACCCCCUUCUGUCAGUUCACCCAGGACACCACCGAUGAGGGAACCUGGAUUCGACACAAAGGAGAGACCCCCACCCCCGGGACAGGGCCCAGCGGGGACUACCCAGACGGAAAGGGGUACUACAUCUACCAUGAAUGUGACAACGUGCCAAACAAAGGGAAAGCGCGAGUCCUGAGCCCCGACCUGUCGCCGACGGCUCCCCAGUACUGUAUCCAGUUCCGGUACUACAUGUACGGCAGUGACAGCGAGAAUGCUCUCAGAGUUUUGGUGAAACAGGGCAGCAGUGAGACAGAGGUGUGGAAGAAGACGGGCUUCCAGAGUCCCUCCUGGCUCAAGGGUGCGAUCACUGUGGCCUCACCCGGCAGUGGGAGUGUCAAGGUGGUUUUCGAGGCUGAGAGAGGCUUUAGUGAUUCCUGCGACUCUGCAUUAGACAACAUCGUGAUCUCAGAGGGAGCGUGUCCUUCGUGCCUGGCCGGUUGUGAUUUUGACAUUUUUGAUAAUCUUUGUGGAUGGCACGUAACAUCACAUGUCGACAUAUUUGGAUUUGAACAAUGGACUGGGCCAACUGAAACUCCAGACACUGGACCUGAGGAUGACUACUCUAAACCUGGGUUUGGCCACUAUAUGCUGAUGGAUUCUGCGAUGACCAUACCUGGAGCUCAAUCCCAGUUACAAAGCCCAGUCCUGACCCCCACCACUGGGUGCCUGGAGCUCUCCUUCUUCUACUAUCUGUACGGCACCAGCACCCAAAUGCAGAUUAGUGUCCACGCCAUGUCCACAGCUGGAGUUCUUGGGCCUGCUCUCUUCACUUUGAGAGGAAACCGGGGUCAGGGGUGGAAACCAGCAGAAGUCCAGUAUGUAGGUUCUGCACCUAUAAAGUUUGUGAUCGUGGGCACAUAUGGAGAAACUCCUGAGACCGAUAUUGCCAUUGAUGCCGUAUGUGUCUUGAGCUGCCAACCACCUUCUCCAACACCCAGCACGCCAAAACCACCUACACCAGGACCUUCUACACCAAAACCACCUACACCAGGACCUUCUACACCAAAACCACCUACUCCUGGACCUUCUACACCAAAACCACCUACUCCUGGACCUUCUACACCAAAACCACCUACACCAGGACCUUCUACACCAAAACCAACCACCUACCCACCUUCUACACCAAAACCACCUACGCCAGGACCUUCUACACCAAAACCACCUACGCCAGGACCUUCUACACCAAAACCACCUACGCCAGGACCUUCUACACCAAAACCACCUACGCCAGGACCUUCUACACCAAAACCACCUACGCCAGGACCUUCUACACCAAAACCACCUACGCCAGGACCUUCUACACCAAAACCACCUACGCCAGGACCUUCUACACCAAAACCACCUACACCAGGACCUUCUACACCAAAACCACCUACACCAGGACCUUCUACACCAAAACCACCUACACCAGGACCUUCUACACCAAAACCACCUACACCAAAUCCUACUACACCAAAACCACCUACACCAGGACCUUCUACACCAAAACCACCUACACCAAAACCUACUCCUGGGCCUUCUACACCAAAACCACCUACACCAAAACCAACCACACCAAAACCAACCACACCUAAACCAACCACACCCAAACCCCCAAUCACUUGCCCACCUAAUGCUGAGUACAUCGAGUGUGGUCCAGCUUGUAUCCCCACCUGUCAGGAUCCCUCCACAAACUGCACGGGCUCCUGCAUCACUGGCUGCUUCUGUAAACCUGGAUACGUGUUUAAGGGACGUCGGUGCGUGCUUCUGGAACAAUGUGGAUGCCUGGACGAUAAGAACAACUACUAUGAGCCCGGUGAAAUUGUGUUUGGCGAUGGCUGCUCUAAGCUCUGCCGCUGUGCUGGGAACUACACACUGACAUGUGUGGACAACUCCUGUGACCCAACAGAAGAGUGUCGGGAGGUCAACGGUGUGGCAGGAUGCUAUCCUAAAGAUACUUCCACCUGCAUUGCUUCCGGAGACCCCCACUACACCACGUUCGACAAACUCAAGUACAACUUCAUGGGUAACUGCAGUUAUCUGAUGUCUGCUCCCUGCAAUUCAACUGGUCCAUACUAUGAGGUCCACACUGACAACGAAAAGCGCUGGAACAAUCCCUCCAUCUCCUACGUCAAAGCUGUCCACACUCAUGUAUACGGGAUGAAGAUCUCGAUCCUAAAAGGAGGCACUGUACAGAUCAACGGGACCAAUGUGAAUGUGCCUGUGAACCCUGCGCCUGGUGUGUCCGUGUUUAAAUCGGGGAAGUACUACACCGUGACGCUGGACUUCGGUGUCACUGUGAGAUAUGAUGGCAACCACUACAUGGACAUCAAGGUCACCAAAGACUUCAAGAGCAAACUGUGUGGCCUGUGUGCGGACUACGAUGGAGACGCUUCUGACGACUUCAGGAAACCGGACGGCUCUCUGACCAAAGACCCCAACGAGUUUGGGGACAGUUGGAACACCGACCCACUCUGUAAUCUCAAACCGAACGUCACCGAAGAAUGUACCGAUGACGAGAAGGAUUUGUACGAGUCUUCUGGAUUCUGUGGAAUUCUGCUCGACAAAGACGGUCCUUUCGCUAAAUGCCAUGGCAAAGUCAAUCCUAAUAACUACUUUAAGGACUGUGUGUUCGACUUGUGUGAGCUGGACGGAGCCAAGCCUGUGCUGUGUGAGGCUAUCGAGGCCUAUGCCAACGAGUGCCAGGACCGCGGCGUGGAGAUCGGAACCUGGAGGAACGAAACCUUCUGCCCCUUGAAGUGCCCACCGAACAGCCACUACGUCCCGUGCGCCAACCCCUGUCAGGAGACGUGCUCAGGCACCCCCACAGGCUGCAGCGGCCCGUGCACCGAGGGCUGCGUGUGUGACCCCGGGUACGUCCUCAGCGCCGGCAAGUGCGUGAAGAAGAGCUCCUGCGGCUGCCAGCACAACGGCCAGUACUACGAGCCUGGAGACGAGUUCUAUGUGGAGAACUGUGAGCUCAAGUGCACAUGCAACCCUCCGUUUGUCUCCUGUAAAGCCACUGAAUGUCCACCCGCUACAGAGUGCAAAGUACAAGAGGGAGACCUGGGCUGCUACCCCACCGGCUCUGAGGACUGCAUCAUCUCCGGAGACCCUCAUUACAACACAUUUGAUAAGAAGUUCUUCAGCUUCAUGGGCACGUGCACGUACACUCUGGCCCGCACCUGCAAGAACGACACUGGACACUGGUUCUCAGUGGAGGGGAAGAACGAGGAGAGAGGCAUUCCAGGACUGUCCUACCUCAGGAAACUCUACGUGACAGUGGACGGCGUCACCAUCACUCUGAUGAAGAGCCGACGAACGCUGGUGAACGGCCGUCGCGUGGCGCUCCCUCACUCGCUGCCCCCUCAGGUGACCAUCAGUCUGGCCGGACAGUACGUCACUCUGCAGACGCGCUUCGGUCUGGUGGUACGCUGGGACGGCAACCACUACGCCCAGAUCACCGUGCCCAGCUCGUUCCAGGACCAGAUGUGUGGUCUGUGUGGAGACUACGAUGGAAACCCCAACAACGACUUCACCAAACCGGACGGCUCUCUCACCCCCAGCGUCAACGACUUCGGCAACAGCUGGCAGACCGACAAGGACGAAGACAAAGUCUGUACUCCCGGGACUGGGCCUGAUCCAGACUGUGACCCGUCUCUGGAAUCCGAGGUGGUUAAACCAGAAAAGUGCGGAAAGCUCAAGGACCCCGCCGGACCCUUCAGGGAGUGCAUAGGUGUGGUGGACCCAACCCCGUUCUUCCAGAGCUGCGUGUACGACAUGUGUCAGUUCAACGGUCAGCAGCAUGUGCUGUGUGACCAGCUGCAGGCCUACACCGACGCCUGCCUCAGCGCCGGAGCCAAGGUCCACCAGUGGAGGGCGCCAGACUUCUGCCCGCUGGCCUGCCCUCCCAACAGCUCUUACUCCCUGUGCGUGAGCUCGUGUCCGGAGACCUGCCUGGGCAUGGUGGGGCCCCCCGGCUGUGAGGACAAGUGCGUGGAGGGGUGCGAGUGCAACCCCGGCUUCAUCCUCAGCAACGACCAGUGCGUGUCGGCGAAGGACUGCGGCUGCGUGGACCCCAACGGAAGCUACCAUCCCGCUGGAGACAAGUGGCUGGUGCCGGGCUGUGAGCAGAGCUGUCAGUGUCUGAGUGGAGGGCUGAUCCAGUGUCAGAACACCAGCUGUAAACCCACCACCGAGAGCUGCCAGCUGCACGAUGGGGAGUACCAGUGCAGGCCUCUAGGAACUGGCAUCUGCUCAGUAUCUGGCGACCCCCACUACACCACGUAUGACAAGAGGACCCACCACUACAUGGGGGCGUGCUCGUACACUCUGACCGAGCCAUGUAACGUCACCUCCGGGCUCCCGUACUUCAGCGUGUACACCCAGAAUGAACACCGGGGAAGCAACCGCAAAGUGUCCUACGUCCGAGCUGUGGGCAUCACCGUCAACAACAUCACCGUGGUGCUGGGCAAGAGCCGGACUGUGCAGGUGAAUGGGCGUGUUGUCAUCCCUCCUGUCUCAGUGGAUGGGAUCCAAAUUUAUCUCAGUGGAAAGUUUGUGGUUCUGGAGACCUCCUUUGGUUUAAGAGUGCGCUUUGAUGGAAACCACCACGCUGACGUCACCGUGCCCACCUCCUACAACGGCCUGCUCUGCGGCCUGUGUGGAAACUUCAAUGGAGACCCCAAAGACGACAACCUAAAGCCAGACAAAACUCCUGCCGCUAACACCAACGAGCUGGGAGACAGCUGGGAGGUGCCCGACCCUCGGCCUGACUGCACCAAUGGAGGAGGACAGGAAGACUGCGAUCCAAAGGUGGAGGAGGAGGCCAAGAAGCCCACCAGCUGUGGCAUGAUCACUGACCCCACUGGCAUUUUCAGUCCCUGUCACUCUGUGAUUCCUCCCGGCCCAUUCUUUGAAAACUGUGUGUACGACAUGUGUGCCACUGGGGGCCAGACGGUGGCGCUGUGCCAGGCCAUAGAGAGUUACGCAGACAUGUGUGCUGCUGCUGGAGUGCCCAUCGCCUGGAGGAACAGCACCUUCUGCCCUCUGAAGUGCCCCUCUGGCAGUGAGUACAGCCACUGCACCUCAGCCUGUGCCCAGCCCAGCUGUCAAGAUCCCGCGGGCACCGGGGGCCCCUGUCAUCUGCCCUGUGUGGAGGGCUGUGUGUGUGCCCCUGGCCUGGUGCUCAGUGGAAGCAAGUGUGUGCCCCUCACUGAGUGCGGCUGCACAGACGACGACGGCAAGUACAGACCGGUGGGAGACAGCUGGUUCAGUGAGUUGGACUGCUCGGAGCGCUGUAAAUGCGUCGGUAACAACAACGUGACGUGUGAGCCGUGGCAGUGCAGCCCGGCUCAGGAGUGCAGCGUGCAGGAGGGCGUGCUGGACUGCCACUCCACAGGUAAAGGCGUGUGCCACGUGGCUGGUGACCCUCACUACUACACCUUUGAUGGGGUCAUGCACACCUUCAUGGGCACGUGCACCUACACUCUGGUGGAGGUGUGUAAUACCACUAAGGUCACUCCCUUUAAAAUCGUGGCUAAAAACGAGGAGCGCGGGCAGCCUGGGGCAUCGUACGUGCGCUCAGUAAAGGUCUACCUGCCCCAUGACACAGUGGUGGAGCUGCAGAAGAGCCGCAGGGUUAUGCUGAACGGGCGUCGCGUGAGGACCCCUCUGACCAUCGCCUCCGAGGGGGCCCGGGUGAUCACCAGUGGCUCCUACAGCCUGCUCGACACAGACUUUGGGCUGCAGGUCAAGUUUGAUGGAGUGCACCACCUGGAGAUCACAGUGCCCGGAGACUACUUCAACAAGCUCUGUGGCAUGUGUGGGAACUACAAUCACAACUCUUCUGAUGACAACCUGAUGCCCAACAAGAAGCCUGCCAAAGAUGUGAUCGAGCUGGGCAACAGCUGGAAGUCUGAUGGGGACAGCGACCCAGGCUGCCAGCCUGACACGCGUCCAGACAUCCACCCGAACUGCACCGCCACGGAGGAGACGCAGUACGAAGCCCAGUGCUCUGGAGCCAUUCUGUCCGACCGCUUUAAGCCCUGUCAUGCUCUGGUGCCCCCAGAGGCCUUCAUUGGGAACUGCAUCUACGACAUGUGCGAGUACGAUGGCAUGCAGCGGACCCUGUGUGAUAAUGUGGAGGCGUACGCUCAGGCCUGCCAGAGCGCCGGGGUCACCAUCAGCUGGAGGAACAGCACCUUCUGUCCCAAACCCUGCCCCGUGAACAGCCAUUACUCAGACUGCACCGCCCCCUGCCCCCCCACCUGCUCGGACCUGUUCCCCCUGCUGUGUCACCUGCCCCCCAGCGCCUGUGUGGAGGGCUGCCAGUGCGACGCCGGCUACGUGCUCAGCGACAACAAGUGUGUGCGCCUGGACCAGUGCGGCUGCAUGGACUCCAACGGGGAGUACCACGACGUCGGAGACUCGUGGCUCACAGACAAGUGCACUGAGUCGUGUCAGUGCCUCGUGGGGGGUACGGUCACCUGUAAACCGCACAGUUGUGGAGACAACACUCUGUGUGAUCUGGACAAGUACGGAGACCUGUACUGCAAGCCCGCCAAGUUCGACAAGUGCAGUAUCUCUGGAGACCCUCACUACCGCACGUUCGAUGGCUUCGCCCACCACUUCCAGGGCGCCUACACGUACGUGCUGGCCCAGAGCCACAACGCUCCACAGGCCCUGGAGGAGAUGGUCAUCAGGGGCAAGAACAUCCGCAGAGGAGGCAACCGCAGGGUCUCCUUCCUCGACGAGGUUUACAUCGACGUCUACAGGGUCAACGUGCGCUUCCUGCAGAAGAAAGUCGUCCUGGUGAACGGAGAGCGCGUGGCCCCUCCCCUCAGCCCAGCCGACGGCGUCACCAUCACCAUGAACUCCAGACAGGUGCAGCUCACCACAGACUUCGGCCUCACCGUCAGGUUCGACGGCAACCACCGCGGAGAAAUCAUCCUCCCGAGCACUUACAAGAACCAUGUGCGGGGACUCUGCGGAAACUACGACGGAAUCACCAGGAAUGAGUACAUGAAGCCGGACGGCACCACCACGUCCAACCUCAACGUGUUCGGAGAGAGCUGGAGAGUGAGCGACAGACAGGGAGGGCUGAGGAGCUACGAUGCGCCCCCUGCUGUCCACCAUGUGCGCAGGCGUGCGACAGAAUCUGAUCCGGAUUCCGGCUUCGAGACCUCGGACUGCUCCAAGGCCCAGCUGGAUCUCUACAGCAGCGCCAGCCAGUGUGGAGCCAUAUCGGACUCCCUGGGGCCCUUCGCUGCCUGCCACGGCCUGCUGAACCCCAAGACCUUUCAGGAUGACUGCGUGUUCGACCUGUGUGCGGAGGAGGGCAGUGACGCUCUGCGCUGUGCCAGUUAUGAGGCGUACGCCGUUUCCUGUCAGGAGGCAGGGGGCGAGCCAGGACCCUGGAGGAAGAACCUGGGCUGUGCUCUAGAGUGUGGAGGAAACAGCACAUACUCGUCCUGUAUGACGCCGUGCCCCGCCUCCUGUGCCGACCUGGCAGCCCCAGCAGAGUGUGACAGUGACACGUGCACAGAGGGGUGCCAGUGCGCGCCCGGGUUUGCCAUGAGCGAGGGGCUGUGUGUGCCCUUCUCCGAGUGUGGGUGCAUCUUUGUCGACAGAUACUACCCCCUGAAAGAGAAGUUUGUGACAGAGGACUGCUCUCAGUCCUGUGAGUGCACCACCACUGGAGCUGUGUGUCAGACCAAGACCUGUCCCGAGAACCACGUGUGCACCAUCUUCGACUUCAAACGAGACUGCUUCAGAGCGAGCCCGUGCCUGAGCUCCCCCUGUGAGAACGGAGGCACCUGCAUGGAAGUGGACGUCACAUCCUACAGCUGCAAGUGUCCAGAGGGCUUUACAGGAGUCAACUGUGAGAACGAGGACACCUCCAGGGAUCACACCGUCCUGAUUGCCGUGUUGGUGUCUGUGCUGGCGGCCGUUAUCAUCGUCACCAUAAUCUCUGUGUGCAUCUGUAAACACAAAAACAAGUCACAAAUUUAUGUAAUACACUCGCUGAAGCCGCGUCCUAGUGGGAAAAAAGACAACGACAAACUGCUCAGCCUCAAGACCACAGAUCACCCUUAUUCCAACAUGGCCGAGGAAAAAGACGACAAGGAAAAGGUGACGCCCAUGUGAAGAGUGACCCCUCCCCCUCUGUACUAAAGACACAAUAAACGCCUCAUGUUCA